GAAGAGGCGCCCAGUCGCACGCGUUCGGACGGCUGUCGCUCAUCGGUGCAAUUUGCGUCGGAUGAGGGAAGAGUCGUUGGCGCACAGGGCCCAUUAGCGGGGAUUUUCGAGGGGUGCGAAAUCAGGGGUUCGAAUUCCAUUUCGAGUCCCCGCUCUCCCCAAUCGUCCAAUCCCGUUUUCCUCGUCCUCGUCCAAAGCGGUUCCGAUUGUAUAUCGCGCCCGAGUGUCGUUGCGCCGUUGAAUGGGAGCGAAGGUGGUGUAAAGGGCUUCUUUCAGGUUGCGCCAAGUGGUUUUAGGUGGGAAUUAUUGGCUGAAAUGCAUCCGCCAGGGGACGCAUAUGAAUGAGGAUAAGGAGAGUCGCUUAGAUUACGGUCGUAAGCUGGAUCAUGGAGCGGUACGAGGAGGAAGGCGAGGACAGCGACAACGAGACAGACCCGGAACAACUUUUGAACGAAUGGCUCGGCGAGUUGGACAGCCUGACCGUGGGUCUGGACAAUGUGAGCUCAGCGACCCUCAGGCCUUUCAACUCGGACAUCAACACGCCGAGGAUCGACAGCUAUAGGUUCUCCAUGGCGAAUCUGGAAGAUUCCCAGGAUGUCGAUCUGGACGCCAUCCUUGGCGAGUUGUGCGCUCUGGAGCGCCGCUGCGAUGGCGACAUCGCUUCCACACCUGCACCCGACUCGCAGAGACAGGGCCGACCUAAUAGCGCUAGAAUCACCCCUGGCGACAAUACCGAUAUCGGCAAAAACGAAGGAGCUAUGCGCACCGACAGUCCCGACAACGACAGCGCGUUCUCGGACACGGUGUCGAUGUUGUCCAGUGAGAGUUCCGCGAGCAGCAGCGGUUCCGGGCACAAACCACCUCAGACCGCCAUGCACACGGGUCCGCAGCAGCAAUCUCACCAACUCAUGGACGCGGCGAGCCGAGUCAAGGCAGAGAAGAUCCGGUUGGCGUUGGAGAAGAUGCGCGAAGCCAGCGUUCAGAAGCUGUUCAUCAAAGCGUUCACCUUGGACGGGAGCGGGAAAAGCUUGCUCGUGGACGAAGGGAUGAGCGUGGCACACGUGUGCAGGCUUCUAGCCGAUAAGAAUCACGUGCCGAUGGAUCCAAAGUGGACGGUGGUCGAGCAUUUGCCCGACCUUUUCAUGGAGAGGGUAUACGAAGAUCACGAAUUGCUGGUGGAAAAUCUUUUACUGUGGACCAGAGACUCGAAGAACAAGCUGCUUUUCGUCGAGAGGCCAGAAAAGACCCAACUCUUCCUCACUCCAGAGAGAUUUCUUCUGGGUCUAUCCGACAGAAGUUGCGGCGAAUACGACGAUCACUCGCGCAAUAUUCUUCUCGAGGAAUUCUUUUCGAGCAGUAACGUUGGCGUGCCAGAGGUGGAGGGACCGUUGUAUCUGAAAUCUGAUAGCAAGAAGGGAUGGAAGAGAUAUCAUUUUAUUCUUCGAGCAUCCGGCCUCUACUAUUGGCCGAAGGAAAAGGCUCGUACCGCUCGUGACCUCGUUUGCCUGGCCACGUUCGACGUGAAUCAAAUUUACUACGGUAUCGGGUGGAAAAAGAAAUACAAAGCCCCGACAGAUUUUUGUUUCGCCGUGAAACACCCGAGGCUGCAGCAACCUAAAUCGACCAAGUACAUCAAAUUCCUUUGCGCGGAGGACAACGCGUCUCUGGAACGAUGGAUGGUUGGGAUCAGAGUGGCCAAGUACGGAAGACAGUUGAUGGAAAAUUACAGGACUCUGGUCGACGAGCUCGCUCAGGAGGAUCUCGAUAUGCUGGCCCACGCGAGGUCGUGUUCGGUUAGCUCGAUCGCCCCCCCAACUCAGAAUCAAACUCAGUACAACACCAGCAACGACAACGCUCGCCAAUUCACGGAAAAUUCGAGGCACAACGCGGAAGUGGCUAAUGCUAGACAGUACGAAGGCCAGAGGCAAAGUUACAAUUCCGAGCAACGGCAGAGUUACAAUAACGACGGUAGACUGAGCAGAGCGAGUAGCUCGAGUUCCAGCGGAUGCCUGUCGGACGGAGCACCCAGUAGUUGCGAGGUAGCUUUCGAAUGUGGCGAGUUUCCAACGGGCACGAUAAAGAGGAAACCCUCGAUGAAUCCAAAAUUGCCCCUAACCUCGAUCACGAGACAAUUGAAGGAAGUGGGCGAAACGGUUCGCGACGAGCCAGACUCGUGUCCCAGCCCGACCAGCUCCGGUUCCGGAACGUUGACCAGAAGGCACAGUCGAAGAAGGAGCGGCACCGACUCGGACGGAUCCGGAACUUUGAAGAGACAUCAUAGAUCCGGUAACGCGACCCCUGUCAGCCCUGUACCGCCCGGCACACCGGUCAGAGAAAGAGCGAGCCCUAUGGGCUACAACAGAUCGGAUAAUCAGGAAUCGAAAACACCAACCAGCCCUAUACCGUCGUGUAUGAUGGACUCGAUCACCUCGUUACCACCGCCACCCUCGCCCUCGAGAGUCACGGAGGAGGCAGAAUCCGAUAACGAGCCGCUCCCCCCACCUCCGCCAGAGAUGUUCAGAUCGAAUCUCUCGUUGGACUCAUUGCCACCUCCUCCAGCGCCUGGCGAACUGCCCGUGUGCAACACCCCGGAACUCACCGGUUCCUCGUUGAGUUUGGCGUCCCUCCCGCCACCCCCGAGCCCUCUGGUCGGCGAGACGGGAACGAUUCGUCGAGCAAGGCCGAAACAAUCCGCAUCCUCGAGCUCGUCGUCGAUCACACCGGAAGGCACACCGACCCACGCCUCGUCCAGACCUUCGUCCAACAAUCAGCAACAGAUGUAUUCGAAUCCGAGCAGCGGCAACCCGACGAUGCAGAACAGCCAGAGCUACGCUUCGCAGAACCCGCAGAACGCCGUUCACGCGAGCAACGCCGCGAACUCGGUAUCGUCGCCGCACAGUUCCUAUCCGGGCUCGAGCGCCAGCACACCGACCUACGCCCCCACCUCGCCCAACUUCGCCUCGCCUCCUCCGUUCGUUCCCCCGCCAGCCUACGGCUCCCAACAGCAACACGGGAACGGCUCCAGCCUGACGAGGCAGAACUCGAAGAUAGAGUCGAUGUACGGUGGCCACCACCACCACCACCACCACCAACAGCAGCAGCACAACAACGCGAUCCAGCCUAUCAGGCCGAAUCCGAACAUGGACACGGUGAGGCGAAGCGCCAUGAAGCAAGGGUCGGCGGCUGGCCACUACGCGGCCCCUCCUUACCUGGCCGAGUUGAAAGCUGCCUCCAGCCCCCAGCCUCAACGCAGGGUCACCAUUCAAGAGCCACCCACGUCGCCCAAGUCGAAGACCGGCACCGGGAAGAAGAUCACGUUCAACCUUCCCCCUCAACAGGAGCCGGGGAGCCCCGCUUUGCCGCAGAGGAAACCGAUGCCGCCCAGGAGGUCGGACAGCACGAGGCUCACCUCCCCCAAGAAGCUGGCCGCGUCCGAUCAGGCGCCUCCCGGCGAUUUCCUCAAGGAUCUCCAGAGGGUGAUGAGGAAGAAGUGGCAAGUGGCGCAGAAGUGCAAGCUGGAUUCGACCACGACCCCUCACGAGGUGCUCGGUUUCCGGGACCCGCCGCCCGCCGUCGCCGAUUACAGGGAAACGAACGUGUCGAACUGGGUUCAGGAACACUACGGGGCCGACAAUCUGUACGAGAACGUGUACGCGACGGACCCACACGCCCCCGUCGAAUACGCGUCGAGCCCCGGCCGCCAGCCGAGCGUCAGGUUCGCCGACGAGAAUCGCAGCAUCAACAUCGUGAACGCGAUCGCGAGUAAACGAAGGCCGCCGCCCCCGCCGCCCAAAAGGGCGGAGACCACCCAUUUGACCACCACCAGGGCGAUGCACUGACAAUAGCAGAUGCUCCAGCCCCAUCCCGAGAGGCGAUGGUUUUGCUGUUUGUGCAGCUGGUGGAAGGGCUGAUAAGGGAGGAAGCUUUCUUCUCUCCGUGAUUUCGGUCACCCGUGCUUUUCGAGGUCCUAAACCGUUCGAGUCUGUGUUCGCGUCGAUCGUCCGAGGGAAACGAGGGCGGCGAGGCGAAGGGAAACGCGGAGGAGUUGGACGAUUAUACUUAGACUCGAGGGGAGAGGUUCGGCUUUUGCGUUGUUCGCCACCACGUUUUUGCAUUUGGAAACCGCCUUCAAACGAUCCUUUCUUUCGGUGUUCGCUCCGCAAUUGAACACCCGCGACCACCCCUCGUCCCUAGGAUUAAAAUACGUUUGUGUACAUUUUAAGUCCGUGUCGCGGACGAAAGCGUCUAGCGAUCGAUACUGCCAAUCCGAAACCGAUGAUCACGAUAGAUCACGCGCGUCGAGUCCCGAGGCUCGAACGUAUAUAGGAGAAUUUUCUUUUUCCUUCGUUUUCUUUUUCUUUUUUUAUAUAUAUAUAUAUAGCGACAAGUUUGGUAUAAUCGCGAAUAAUCGGAGCUGCAGGUUAAAACUAUCAACGAGUUUUCGAUGUGAAACAUCGAUUCUCAGCGCCGAGUUCUUCUCGACGGCCGAUCAAAUUUAUUCAGGCCGUUUCAGAAGCAAAUACUGCCGCACAUAUUGACGAUGUGAUAUAAUAAAUCUUAAGCUGCUAAUCUCGUUGUCUCCCGUUUCGGAAACGACCGAGACGAUUGAUUCCGACCGUCUGGUCGAUCCGAGGAUGCGAUCCUCUCGGUUUCGAGGCAAUCGAAUUUAAACUAAGAAAAGAAAGAAAGAAGAAAAAAAAGAUAAAUGCACGAGAAUCGUGGUCGUAUCUCUGUGUGCAAGUUUAUAAUCCAGAGUUAACUAGGCUUAGCUAAGGUAUCUCUGAUGCUCGCUGACGCAAAUUAAGCAAAUUCGCGUUGAGUAAGAUGGAAGGACGAUUUUUUUUCUUUUUCUUUUUUUUUUUUUUUCCUCUUUGCGUUGUUCCAAUUACGAACAAUUGUAUCGCGACGCGGUUAAAAGGAAUGAUAAAAUCGGGACGUAAACAAAUUUUUCGUUUGUUCGGAGGAUUGCUUCUCAGACAUACUUUUCGUUCACACACGCAAGAUGACACGUAUUGCGUUUCCUUUUUUUUUUUUUUUUUUUUUUAAACGUACUCGUACAUAAGUGUGUAUGUAUAUAAAUGGAAACACGUAUGAGCGUUUAUAUCGAUAUAUCGACUUUUUGAUGCUGUAUGUUUAGAUCGAUAUCGUACGAUAUUACGAAAUAUCCUGUGUACGACGCGUAGCGCGAUAAAGCAUAAUCCGUUCGAUAGUGGGGACGCGAAUCCUGUUCGAGGCUCUGCUACGAACGCGUACGCAUACACGAUUACGAAUACGCUAAAUUUUUUCGACGAAACGCGACUUUCUUCUUAUUCUCGACUCUUUACAAGAAAAAAGUUUUCACUCCACGACUCGACAUAUCUCGUUCCUAUCAUUUUUCAUUUCUCAUCUUCGUUCCCGUUUCGCUGCUUCCGAAAUCCGUAGUUAAAUUAUCGCAGAUGAAAAAUCGAAACGAAUGGACUCUCGUUUCGACGGGUGUUUUUCAAUAAUUUCGUCUUCGAUCGGGACGAAAGAAGACGCGUGGACUUUGAAAUUGUAUCUGUUGUAUCCGAAUACCACCUCGUUUAAUAUUUUCUGUGCGAUCCAUAUGAUCCCAUCUACGAAUUUCGACAUUGUCAGCGUGACAUUUGGUACGCGAUCGAAUAGCGUUUCUUUCCUAUUUCUCUUUUUAUUCGAUACACCACAUAUCAAAGUAAUUCUUCAUAGAUUCCACGAUCGAUCAUUUGUACCGAAUCAGUAACACUUGGAGAUUUUAACGUAGUGCGCGGCAAAUAGUUUCGCUCGAAUGUUUUUAACGCAAUUGUUCUCCCAAGGUAUAAUAAUUCGAUCUCAAACUCGAAGAAUCCUCGAAUAUCGAAGAGCGUCUAUCGACUUUUCUACCAUGCGCACCGUUCUCAUCUACUUCUGAUCGAUGAAUCGUAGACAUUACGACAUCAUUUUACAUUUGUAUCGAUUAAGAGCAAUACGAGGAUUUCCACGAUACAAAGUCUUUCAGCAACGACUGAAGGCCUCUCGUUGACCGUACUUUUUUAUAUCGAACUUAUAUCAAUCGGAGCUAUCUCCAAAUAGAAUUUCACAACAAAGAGUGGGUUACUCCUUUUUCUUGGAUCUUUUAACUUGGAAAGUUAAGCGUAUUCGAGUAAGAAAAAAAGAAAAAAAGAAAAAAAAAAAAAAGAAAAAAUGAAAAAAAGGAAAAAAAAAAGAAGCAAUGGAAUAAAAUAUAUAAGAUAGAGAGGGAAGGAGUUUCGUCGAGGAGGUUGCAAGCUUUUUACAAGACAUUUAAAACGAUAUAUACCGAAAGAAGCGACGAAGAUGCGAUAUUUUCUACUAAAUCAAUUUUGAUACGGGAGCUAGAUGACAAAGGGAGAAUUUUUUACGCGUAUCCAGUGCCUCUCCUGGUGAGCUUUUUUUCCUAAUCACAUUUCGAACACCGACACGCGACAAACACUCCAAUCGUAUUAUUCGAUUUUUCCGCAUAAUUCGUAAGGAAUGAAUUUAGGAUAUCGAUUCUCGAUUUCGAGAAUGGUAAUCGUGAACAAGGUCCAAUCGAAACUGAACCAAUAAUAUCGAGUAACGAUAUUCUUUUUGAUUGACACAAUUGUAUCGAUAUUAGCCGGCGAUAGAUUAUUCACUGGCCGAUUUUUCUCGCGUCCAAGAUGAUACGAUCGAUCGCUCGACUAGUACCACGUGGAAUGAAUUCUUCUUCAACGCGGUUGCUCGAGAUUGAAGAGGAGAAAGAGAGAGAGAGAGAGAGAGAGAGAGUAAAAAAUAGUAGGACGAUUAAAAAUAUUUUAUUUCGAUGUUAUUUGCGAUUACAAGGAAGGACGAAGAAUUGAUUUUGAAAUGUGAAUUUUCGCGUUUCGAAUGUGGAUUGGAAUUGAUCGAUUGUUGAAAAAAGAAAAAAAAAAAAAAAAGAAUAAAUUUUUAGUUUCUUAUUUUCCAAGAUAUUUCCUCGAAACGUAUAGGAAUAAAUAAGCGAUAUAAUUUUAGUUCGAUACCUAUAUGAAGAGGAUUUCUUUUUUUUUUUUUUUUUUUUUAAUUCUUAAGAGAAACUCUACAAACCGCUAUUUUUCUUUUCUCAUUACUUUUUUAAAUAUAUCUACAAUUUGGAAACUACUGUUACUUGUACUUUUGGGCGAAUAUCCCAAGACGAGGGAAUUUUUAUCAAUAACGAAUAUUCUGUAACCCAUACGAUUAAAGCGACACGUUUUUACGUAUUUGUAUUAUUUGUAAGGUUUGAUUUAUUUAUUUUAAUUUUGUACAUAAUUGUGAUUCGAAAGUAGAGUACAAAUAUUUAAUAAAAGUAUGUAGAAAUGAAAA